AUUGAUGUCUACAUGUCGACAAUAUCUAUAAGCGGCUUCAGAGAAGUAUUUUUAGUUUUCUAAUUUUUCAUAAUCAAUUAAAUUGUAUUUCUGACCGAUAGAUCAAACAUACUCGAAAACAGAAGAGGCGUAUUUAAGAUCGGGUAGAAGCAUUUCGAAUGCUUUUGGUCUCAUGGAGGAAAUGACGAGGAAGGAUGAAGCAUUUCUUCAAUUUGUUAAUCUGAUAAAACAAGCACAUUAAAACCGCUUGUCUAUUCAUUUGUAUUUUGAAUCAGUGAAAGCCAAAUCAAAUCUGUAAUUUUUGUUUGCCUUGUACAGAGAUUGGAUCAUGCAACCCGGAUCCAAUUCACCUUGCAGUAAAAUACAUUGAAUAAGGUCCAUCUGAAUUGAAAGGGGCGGUUGACGCAGAGGAGCAUGGCAGCUGAUAAAGUCGACUGGGAUCACAUAAAAUCAGAACUAGCGACAAUAGAUGAUGGAUGGAAGGUGGCACGAUUUGAUUCUUUGCCAUAUGUCGUUCAUAUAUUAACGUCCAAGGAUAGUGAAGGGGAGAUUGAGGCCUUGAAGGAGCGGAGUGAUAUCAUUGAGGAUGUUGUUGAUGAAGUCGUCCAUGGUUAUCACAAUGGCUUUAACAAAGCGAUCCAUAACUAUUCUCAGAUACUACGAUUGUUCAGUGAAUCUACUAAAAAAAUUGCUCGGUUGAAAAAUGAAUUGGGUGAGUCAAAAAAGCUGCUUGGUUCGCGUAACAAGCAAUUGCAUCAACUUUGGUACCGUUCUGUUACAUUACGUCAUAUUAUUUCUUUACUGGAUCAGAUCGACAAUGUAGCAAAGGUUCCUGCACGUAUUGAAAAGCUUAUUGCAGAAAAACAAUAUUACGCAGCAGUCCAACUUCAUCUUCAGUCCACAUCUAUGCUUGAGCGAGAGGGUAUUCAAGGGGUUGGUGCAUUGCAAGAUGUUCGCUCAGAACUAACUAAAUUACGUGGAACCCUAUUUUUUAAAGUAGUAGAAGACUUGCAUUCUCAUCUUUAUAAUAAGGGAGAGUACAGUUCAAAUUCUACCAUCAUUAAUGAUAAAGAUGAUGACAUUCCUACCUUAGCAGCAUCUGGUAUUAUGUCUGGUAGCUCACAUCGAGGGUCACGACGGACUAGAACUAUGCGGCGGAAUGAUAGUCAUAUUGAUUCUUUGCAAGCUGCAGAUGGACAACACAAGCCAGGUUCUGUUGAUGGGAGCUCAUCUUUUGAUGGCCGUGAGGAUGAAAGCAUACAUACUGGAGAUAAUCCAGAUGGAGGUGCAUUUGAUGGUCUAUCUACUUGGGCAGGGGUCAAUGGUACUGAAGCACUAUCUAAGGAAUUCAGAAGCAUGAACCGUAGAAUUCCACGCUGGCUAUCAAAUUCUAUGCCAAAUGAAUUUACUGAGGCCAUGAAAAAAAGUGAUGCUCCUUUAAAUGUGAAGUAUCUCCAGACUAUGGUAGAAUGCUUAGGUAUGCUUGGGAAAAUUGCAGCUGCUGGUGCUAUUAUAAGUCAGAGGCUUAGACCCACUGUUCAUGACAUUAUCACGUCUGAAAUGAAAGCGAAAGCGGAAGCACUUGAUGCAUCAAGGCCUCGUAUAGAUCAAGUUUCAAAAACAACAGUUCUUGGUUUGAAACAUUCUGAAGGAGGAGGACUUUCAAGUUACAGAGCUACUGGGAAACAAAAAUACCAGAAUGUUAGAACUAAUGUAGCUGCAAUAACCACCGUAGGUCCUGUGUCUCUUUCAAUGGCUCCUAGGGGUCCAGCACAACAGGCGGCACAGGAGCUAUUGGAAUCAAUACUGGAAAUAAUUGUUCAAUUAUUAGAAAACCAUAUUGUAGCUGGGGAACUCAUGGAAUUAAAAGCCACACUUCAUAAUGGAUCAAGUUCACCAAAGACAGUGAAUGGUGAUUUAAACUGGAACCCUGAUUCUGAUGCUGCUCGUGCAACAGGAGGCUAUAGCUUGGGUUUCUCCUUGAUGGUUCUGCAGAGUGAAUGCCAGCAGCUUAUUUGUGAUAUUCUACGUGCUACCCCUGAGGCUGCAUCUGCUGAUGCUGUUGUUCAAACAGCAAGACUUGCAAGCAAGAUCCCUACAAAAGAAACACGGGAUGGGUCAGAGGAGGGCCUUUCAUUUGCUUUUCGCUUUACAGAUGCAGUGCUAUCCCUGCCAGGCUCAGGUGUUGAUGGUGUACGGCAGGGCCGCGGAAGGAGGAGUUCAACUGUUGCACAGGAAGGUUAUGGAACAGGAACAGUGCUACCUGAACAAGGAAUCUAUCUCACUGCCUCUGUAUAUCGGCCUGUUCUUCAGUUUACAGAUAAAGUUGCUUCUCUGCUGCCUCCGAAGUAUGCUCAACUUGGGAAUGAUGGGCUUCAAGCUUUCAUUGAGAAUUUUGUGAAAGAUCAUUUUCUUCCAGCCAUGUUUGUUGAUUAUCGAAAGUGUGUACAGCAAGCAAUAGCAAGCCCUGCUGCUUUUAGGCCACGAGCUCAUGCUGGUGCAGUAUAUAAUCCAUCAGUUGAAGAGGGUCGUCCGGUGCUUCAGGGACUGCUUGCUAUUGAUCAUCUUGCAAAGGAGGUAUUAGGAUGGGCACAAGCCAUGCCAAAGUAUGCAGGUGAGCUUGUGGAGUAUGUACAGACAUUUCUUGAACGUGCCUAUGAACGAUGCCGGACAUCUUAUAUGGAGGCGGUUUUGGAAAAGCAGAGCUAUAUCCUCAUUGGAAGAACAGAUGUGGAGAACUUGAUGAAACAUGAGCCUGCUAGUGCAUUGUUGGAAAUUUCAAAUAGUGAGAAAUUGUCUGCUUAUACAGGCAAAGAUACAGAAGGUCUAGAAGUAGAGUUGGAGAUGGAUAAUCUGCUGCUAAGCUUUUGCCCAAUCAAACAGGAGAAUCUUAUCAGGGAUGAUCACAAGCUUGUUUUAUUAGCUGCGCUCAGUGAUUCUUUGGAGUAUGUUGCAGAUUCCAUUGAGAAGCUUGGACAAGCAUCUUCAAGAUCAUCAAAUGAUAAAAAGAAGGAUAGUUCUUAUCACAUGCAUCAUCAUAGGAGAACCAGCAGUGCACUUACUGCAAGCCUUGCAACUCUUGCUGAUCAGUAUAGGAACCUAGCAGUGGAAUGCUUGCGUGUUCUAAGAAUUGAAAUGCAGUUGGAGACACUCUUUCAUUUGCAGGAUAUGGCAAAUAGAGAUUAUACAGAGGAUCAAGAUGCAGAAGAGCCAGAGGACUUCAUUAUUUCCCUAACAACACAGAUAACCAGGAGAGAUGAAGAGAUGGCUCCAUAUGUUUCAGAGGCAAAGCGAAACUACAUCUUUGGUGGCAUCUGUAGCAUUUCAUCAACUGGUUCCAUUAAGGCAUUGAAUGACAUGAAAUCCAUAAAUUUGUUUGGCAUCCGCCAAAUAUGUCGAAACUGUAUUGCACUGGAACAGGCAUUGGCUGCAAUUUCAGCAAUGAAUAGUGAAGCUGUGCAGCAGAGACUAGACCGUGUUCGUACAUAUUAUGAACUUUUGAAUAUGCCAUUUGAGGCAUUGCAUGCUUUUGUGAGAGAACACCAAUCUCUAUUUUCAUUCUCAGAGUACUCCAGUCUCUUAAAGGUUAGCAUACCUGGGAGGGAAAUUCCCGCUGAUGCGAUUCAGCAGAUUGGUGCAAUCUUGGCACCUUGAUACCUGUUUGUAACAAAUAUUCCCAAGCCUUGGCAUAUGGCAUAUGUUAAGCAAAUUCUCUCUUUGUGAUUCUGUACAAUAGAUAUGAUAUUGGUUACAAUGAAUACCAUCCUGUUUGGCAUCCGAAAUGCAGGUGAACGUUUUAGUCCUUAGUUCAUCUAUGGAACCAGUUCUUGGGCACUUAAUUGUGAUUGUAAAGCAUGAUGGUACCAAACUAUUAACAAGCGUUUUUGUUUGUACCUUUAACAAGCAUAAACAGCUCAGCAUACCUGCAUUCAGUAUUCAUGAUAUGAUGUACUCCAUGAUUUCUUUAUUUCAUUAAUUUGUCCUAUGCUUGGGCUCAUGAGAUGAGGAUGUAAUUGCUAAUUUUUCCAUCUCGAAGGUCAAUAUAAAUAUAUUUUAUUUGUUAUUUGUUA